GAGCGGUCGACCGCUUGUCUGCCUAACUGUUCGACAACGACCAGCUUAACAACAAUUGCUGCAAAUUUAAUGAAUUUAAAAUUUAACAAGAACAAACAAACCGGACAAUUAACGUGUGAAGUGCGACGCGUGAGGCAACACUUGCCAAACAAAGAACAGCACAGCAAAAACAACGCGGCCAAGUGUAAGACAGCGAACAAGAAAGAGAGGCGAGAGAGUGAGCGCGACUACAGGGAGCAGAAUAAUUUUGCAGUGUUUUCGCGACGUAAAAAUAAUCAAAUUUUAAUUCCAAAAGCCCUCCUUAAAGCUAAGACACACCAUACAAAAAGACUGUAAACAACAUCAUGUCCUCAACUCCAGCAGCAGCGUCUGGUGCCGGCAGCAGUGCCACUAGCUCCAGCGUUGCGGCCACAUCGAGCUCCGGCUCCUCUAGUAGCACUGCCUCCACCAAUCAGACUACAGCCGCAAGCACACCAGCACGCGGGCGUGGCGGCGCCAAUACGAAUGGCGGCAGUGCUGGCGCCAAUGCUGCUUCGGGCAGCAACAAUUCAACGGCAACCGCCACCAGCGAUGAGCCGCGUAAGGAUACGAAGUCAACGCCACGAAUAUCUAAAGCACUGGGCACCUCGGCCAAGCGCAUACAGAAGGAAUUGGCUGAAAUCACACUGGAUCCGCCGCCCAAUUGUAGUGCCGGUCCCAAGGGUGAUAAUCUGUAUGAAUGGGUCUCGACCAUAUUGGGACCACCUGGAUCCGUCUAUGAGGGCGGCGUAUUCUUCCUGGACAUACAUUUCUCGCCCGAGUAUCCGUUUAAGCCGCCCAAAGUCACAUUUAGAACUCGCAUCUAUCACUGCAAUAUCAAUAGCCAGGGCGUCAUUUGUCUGGACAUCCUCAAGGACAAUUGGUCGCCGGCGCUGACCAUAUCAAAAGUUUUACUCUCAAUUUGUUCCCUGCUCACAGAUUGUAAUCCUGCUGAUCCUCUGGUUGGCAGCAUUGCCACGCAAUAUUUGCAGAAUCGAGAGGAGCAUGAUCGAAUUGCGCGUCUUUGGACAAAGCGGUACGCAACAUGAUGCGCAGAUCCUAGCAUUAAACACGUACCACAAGCUGCAGCAAGAAACGAAAAUUCGCAAAUUAUAAAUAAAUAUAUUAAAGUACGCUAACUAUAAACAUAACA